AUGGUUACAUUUGAGCGACUAUUCCAGCUCCUGUUUGCUGCAAAAGACCACAGCGGCUUCCUGUUCUUUGAGGAGGGGCAGCAGUUCUUUGAGACGCUGUACAACUACAAGAAAGGCAACAGCGACAGGAUCCGAGCAUUACAAUUGAAAGGAGGCAGCCAAUGGACUCGCGAAUUGGUUGGCGACCAGGAAGAAAGAUCCUGCCCCUUCACGCACGUUCCCAUUACCGGUUAUACCCAGCCGGAACCGUUGAUGAGGGAGGUGUCAAAGACACCAAACGACGGUCUCCUAAACCGGUGGACUACAGUGUUUCCGGAGCCUGUGUUUCCUGCAUUCGAGGACUUGGACAUCUCCGCGGAUUUCAACCUGGUGGCCGAGGACGACGAGAAAGUCCAGACGUGGUUCUUCCGAAUCUGGCAGCUGACGCACGACACGUUUGGAGGGGUCGUCAGAAGAGAAUGGAUUCUUUGCGGGCGUGCAAAAGAAGUCUACGCAGAAGGCUUCAACAACAUCCAGGCGGUCUUGCGAAAGCUAUACGACAAGAACCAGCUCCACAAGGCGGGUCUCAUUGCAAAGACGAAGGGGGAGGCGCUUCAAACUGCUGCGAUUUUCCACGUCCUGGAACUCGUGUCUGACCCGACUUACCCGGAGAACCUGGUCUUCCCCGACGCAGUGCUCGAAGUCAGUGAAGACAGCGUUCGCUAUGCUUGGAACUACGUCAAUCUGACCACGAAGCAACGAGUGUAUUUUGAGAACGACAGCGCGGUAACGAAAGUCUGCUCAGAGGUACUGAAAUGGGACCUUCCAGGAACGAAGGAUGAUGACGCUGACGACUCAGACUCGGAGGCUUCCGACGACGAUGGGUCGCGUUAUCUGGGCGUCAUGGACAAGCAACUGAGACGAGUGUUCCUGGACUUCCGUGAAGAAACGAUCGGGAGGACAGAAGUAGGGAAGACGCGCAAAUUUGGGAACGUGCCUGACAUCGACGAGUUGUUCGCAUACGCAUCCUCUGCUGAAAACGACGGAUAG